UUUUUUAACAGAAUUAUAUAUGACAUAUUGAUCUCAUUUGAAAGAUCAUAAAGAGUUAUUUAAUUUGAUAUAUUUUUUGUAAAAAUGAGAUUACAAUUUAAAAAGUUAAAUCAAUUUUAAAACCAAAUCAUUUUAUAUGAUUUGACAUUUAAUCUCUUCCUAAUUUUUUGGUAGGUGAUAGCCUUGAACCGAUUCUACCUUAAAUGAUCUUUGAAAGGUUGACAAUUUUACCCUAUGCACAAGCCACGUAUGGUUGUUUUAAUUUGCUAAAUGUGCUUCUAUGUUACGCAACGUACGAACUAAUUGUACACCUACUCAUUAAUCAACCGUUCGAUUCUCUUAAUUAAAGGCUAGGAUUUGUUCUCACUUCUUACAAUAAGGAAUGUUCUCAUUGGAACCACUCCCUAUAUAUAUAUAUAUAUAUAUAUAUAUAUAUAUAGAGAGAGAGAGAGAGAGAGAGAGAGUUUGGUUCAAAUAAGAACACCAUCUAAUGAAAAAAAUAAGAAUGAAUCCUGGCCAUUAGAGCAACUGAUUUUCUAAUAUACUCACGUGUUUGGACGCAGGUCAAAUAGGUCAUUCCAAUUUCUCUUCCCUUUUAUGAUAUUUCCAUCUACGUGAAAUCAAUUCACGUACGUUUGAGCAACUCAACGUUCUGAGUGCCUCUUCCUCCCCAAGAGCUCUGAAGCUUCAUUAAUGGAUAAAGGUCUGUUUUUUAUUCUUCUUUCGUUUGUACUACAUUUUUUUGUUUCAUUUGUUGUUUUAUAUUCUUGAGUAAGUUUCAUCAUUUAUGUUUCAUGUCUUGUAGAAGUUUUACAAAUAUCUCAUGGGUUAACUAAGUAUUGGAACCCUGAAUUUGAUGAAACGUUUAAUUCAAAGCUUGGCAUGGUAUUCAAAAAUCUUUGAGGGUAUUGAGUUUUAUAAGAAGUAUGCAGCUGUUUGUGGGUUUGACUCUCAUAUCGGUUCUAAACCUAAGGACCGCGGGCGAAGGACGCACACAGUUAUAUGGAAAUAUGUUGUGCGCAAUAGACAGGGUUUCAAGAAUGUUGCUAAAGGCAAUCCGCCAGAAAUCAGCCAUGCUCCCGUAGUUAGCCCUGUUUGCACAGCUUUUUUCAUUCUUCUUUUAAUAAUUUUACCUGUUGAGCAAGUCACAGGUAACCUAAACUAAUUUGGGAAGGCUAUGGGCAUAUUUGAGAUUAUUUUAGAAUUACACAUACAAGGGAUUAAUAUUGGAAUACCUCUAAUAGUUGGGAUUAUUGUUGUGAAUUUAUGAAAUCCUUAUGUAUUCGA